UUGCACACACGAUACGGUUUUGUCUAGUUUGCAACACAUGUUGCCAUUCAGGGAGUUUGAUGACUUCAUAGCCUAUAUUCUCCACAUUUUUCUCACGUCUUUCCAUUUGUAUUUUAUUCCUUGUAGAUGUAGGGCUUCAGUGCGCACACGUGUGAACCUCAUUCAAACAAAUCAUUUUGUAAUUUCAAAACUGAAAAGGCAAGCAUUUGAGUUCAGUUGGCUGCGCGUCUGUGUUUAAUGCGCGCUCUCGCUCUUCGAGGACAUCGGUUGUAAAACCUGCUGGGUGAGGAGGAGGGAGAGAGGGAGAGAGGGGAGCAGGAGAGGAGUGGGCUAUUCACUCAUUGUUACGGCCUCGAGGAGCGGCGAAGACCCCUACACGUGAAUUAAUCUUCCCGAGAGAAAGAUCCCUUGACAUCUACACUUAUUGCAGGGAACCACUCUCUGAUCCUAAUCAUUGUUCAUAUUCUGUGUAUAAGCACAGCGACCUGGUGAGAAGUGGUCCAACACCCAACGCCAGGACUCAUGCUCAGGUGAUGGAGCUCCUGUGACUCAAGAGGGAGAUGGAAACAGCCAGCCUCAGCCAUGGCGUCCAUCUUGGAUUAUACCCACGCACACAGACUGUCACUCUCUGAGACCAGGAACAGGACCAGUCUCUCCCCUGACUGUCAAUUACCUGUACCACGCGUGAGCUCUCUCUCUUGCGCCAACCUUUGUGAAUGAGGGUGAUCAUUCGGACUGUCCCUGUGUCCAGCCUGGGUCCCUCCUUACCCCUGUCCUUGCCCCUGCCUGCGGGGACCAUGGGGCUCCUGUUGGUGCUGUGUGUGUCCAUGCUGAUGGCUCCAGCAGUGGUGGUAGAAGCCAUCCCCAUGGAGUCUGCUGCUGGGAGCCACAGCAUGUUCACCUGUGAACCUAUCACCCUGCGCAUGUGUCAGGGCCUGCCCUAUAACUCCACCUUCAUGCCCAAUCUCCUCAACCACUACGACCAGCAGACCGCCGCGCUCGCCAUGGAGCCCUUCCACCCCAUGGUGAACCUGCAGUGUUCGUCAGAACUCAGGAUGUUCCUGUGUGCCCUCUACACUCCAGUGUGUACAGAGUACGGACGCAUGACACUGCCCUGCCGACGACUGUGCCUGAGAGCCAAGGGAGACUGUUACAAACUCAUGGACAUGUUCGGCGUCACCUGGCCAGAAGAGAUGGAUUGUAACAGGUUCCCAGACUGUGACGAGCCAUACCCCCGUCCUGUAGAUCUGCUGUCCAGGUCAGACUCCACAGAGUCGCCCAUCUCCGUCCAGCGCGACUAUGGCUUCUGGUGCCCCCGCGAGCUCAAGAUCGACCCCGACCUGGGCUACACCUUCCUGGGUGUGAGGGACUGCUCGCCCCCUUGCCCCAACAUGUACUUCCAGCGGGACGAGCUGGUCUUCGCCCGCUACUUCAUCGGCGUGGUGUCUAUCGUAUGUCUCUCGGCAACCCUCUUCACCUUCCUCACCUUCCUCAUCGACGUGUCCAGGUUCCGCUACCCGGAGCGGCCGAUCAUCUUCUACGCCGUGUGUUACAUGAUGGUGUCCCUGGUCUUCUUCCUGGGCUUCCUGUUGGAGGACCGGGUGGCGUGCAACGCGGCGAGCCCCGGGCGAUUCCGGGCGUCCACCGUCACCCAAGGCUCCCAUAACAAGGUGUGCACUCUGCUGUUCAUGGUGCUCUACUUCUUCACCAUGGCUGGCAGUGUGUGGUGGGUCAUCCUCACCAUCACCUGGUUCCUGGCUGCCGUGCCUAAGUGGGGCAGCGAGGCCAUCGAGAAGAAGGCCUUGCUCUUCCAUGCCUGUGCCUGGGGUCUGCCCGGCUGUCUGACUGUCACUCUGCUGGCCAUGAACAAGAUCGAAGGGGAUAGUGUCAGCGGGGUGUGUUUUGUGGGGCUGUAUGACCGCACAGCGCUGAGAUGGUUCCUGCUGGUUCCGCUGGGCCUGGAUGUACUGGUGGGGGUGGCGUUGCUGCUAGCGGGCAUCCUGGCGUUGAACCGCGUCCGUAUGGAGAUUCCUCUGGAGAAGGAGAACCAGGACAAGCUGGUGAAGUUUAUGAUCCGCAUCGGGGUGUUCUCUGUGCUCUACCUGGUCCCUCUGCUGACGGUCAUAGCCUGCUACCUGUAUGAGAACAGCUAUAGGACUGUCUGGGAGACUACCUGGGUACAGGAGCGCUGCAGAGAGUACCACAUCCCCUGUCCAUACCAGGUUGAGCAGACCAGCAGACCAAACCUGUCCCUGUUCAUCAUAAAGUACCUGAUGAUGUUGGUAGUAGGGAUCCCGUCAGUGUUCUGGGUGGGCAGCAAGAAGACCUGCUUCGAAUGGGCCAGCUUCUUCCACGGACAUAGACGCAAAGAUAGCGUGGUCAACGAGAGCAGACAGGUACUCCAGGAGCCAGAUUUUGCUCAGCUGCUCCUGCGGGACCCCAACACCCCCAUCGCGAGGAAGUCCAGGGGGACAUCCACGCAGGGCACCUCCACCCACGCUUCCUCCACCCACCUGGCCAUGCUGGACGAGCCCCCCAGUGGGAGCACCAGCCGGGCAAGUAGUGUCCGUAGCGCCCGCAGCAAGAUGAGCAGCUUCCAUGGAAGUCUACAUCGAUCCAGAGACAGCAGGUACACAGCAUGUAGUUUCCGCGGCGUUGACGAUCGCCUCCCCUAUGGCAGCAUGCCCCGCCUCAACGACCAAUCAGGGUCCAGACACUGCAGCACCAACAGGCUAGACAGCCUUUCAAAGCAUGGCUCCACCCAGCGUCUGGAUAGCCAAUCACGGCACAGCAGCAUCAGGGACCUUAGCAACGUCACCCAGGCCAUUCAGAGCGCCCCCGGCAAUGGAAUCCACAGGGUCCUUGAAGAGGAUGGAGCCACGGCCUGAGCUGAGACAUCUAAACGCUUGGCGGCAAAACAAACAUUAGCCUCUACCCUAAAACCCAUGCCAACCUUUUAGCUAAACAAGAAGUGUCUAGGACACGAGUCAAACUCAUUCCACAGAGGGCCAGGUGUUUGCGGGGUUUUGACUCCGCCCUUGUACUUCGUUGAUGAACUAAGACCUGGUGGUCUUAAUUGAAAUGGAAAAACAAAAAAUCUGUAGAUUCUCAGCCAUCCGUGGAAUGAGUUUGAUACCCCUGGUCUAGGGGGUAGAGGUUGAUUUUGGACUGGACAUACUGCAGUCCUCUAUGGCUACAUUUACACAGGCAGCCCAAUUCUGAUCGUUUGCCCAAUUACUGGUCUUUAGACCAAUCAAAUCAGAUAAUUUGCCAGUAAUUGAUAAAAAUAAAAAUAAAACAGAAUUGGGCUGCCUGUGUAAACUCAGCCACAGUAUGGCAGUUUGAAAAUAAGGAGAUUAAAGGAGAUUGUGAGGAAACUGGACAGUUUGACAAUGUGUCUCAACAUGUCUCCUCUCAUUAAACAGCACUGAUAAAUGAAGAUAGCAGACGACUUAGAUUCAGAGGACAGUGUAACUUGGACUUGCAGGAGUGAGAGCUGAACCAAUAAGAAGAAGAAAUCAUACUCUUGGGCACAGACUGCUGAUCGCCGAUGCUUUUUGUUCAAUGUUCUGGAGUCAGCUCUUAGUGAAGGACACUCUACCCUUUAAGUGUAGGACAGUUCUGGGAUCAGUUUCAGGCUAUUCAUCCAUACCUGACAUUACAGAGCUUCUUAUCUAUCGGCACAUUCCACUACUCAGGGGGGUGAAAAGGGUUCAAUCUAAAGGAUUCUACAUUAUGCGUGACACAAGCACAUGCUGCCAAGCACUCGUCCAUGAAGGCCAAGCCUUUAUUCCUGCUGACCACAUUGUUUACCUGCACGAGUACUGUAGACGCGUCUCCACAACCACUGUUGUACUACACUACUAUACAUUGAGGUACUUUUAUACGUCAAUUGGUUUCAUUGCACUUCUGAUGGAGGCAGCUGAAGGUACUGUAUGUGAUGAGUAGGGCCUGAAGUGUUUCCUGACUGUGACCUGUCCAGGGAAAACUCUGGGUCCUAGUGAUAAUGUGAAGGCGAUCGGGACAGUGUCCUGUCCUGUUGUCAAUCAAUUGGAAACAAUUGACAAUGAAACAAUUGCAUUGAUGAAUCAGCCAUUGUGAAGUGAAGGGCUGUAUUGUAUUACAGGAUAAAAGCGGAAUUCCAAACUCCAGCCUCAUAGGUAGAAUAUGAGUGUUCUCCCCCCAGUUAGAAUUAGAAUCAGUAGUAGUAUUACGAAGUGCAUACUUACUUGUAUAGAUAAUUGUUAGCCAUAACUUCUAGUAGUGGCAUGUGCAUAGGUGUAAAUAGAUUUGAGGGGGCGGGGGGGGGGUGUCUUUUGUUGAAUUUGUAAUAAAUCUUCUGGAAAUACAUCUGGGAAAUGUGUACGGUGAUCUGUGCCCUAGCCUGGAAAACAAACUAAAUUGCUCCAUUUUACAAGUGAAUCAGAACGAUUCAGUGUGGAUCCAGGCUAUUGUGUGUGCUCCCAAGGAAAUAAAUGAUAAUCAGGACACGUGAA